AUGUCCGUGUUCAAGCAAUUUUUGGAAGAUUUUCAAGCUGAGGGUGAAGAAAGUGGCACCUACAUUCGUAAGAUCAAUCAGCUGAUCGAGGAAAACAACCGUUAUUUGAAUCUGGACUGUAAUGAUCUGCGAACAUUCCCAACCACUUCCAAACUGUACGAGCAGCUGAUUCUAUUCCCCCAGAAAAUAAUCCAGGUGUUUGACGUGGUGGUGAACGAGUUAGUGAGCACCCUUCAUCCAUCCACUCCAUUCUCCAUCCACAUUCACGUAUUCAACAUCGGAAACAAGCAUCCGAUGCGAGACCUCUCCACCGACAACAUCGACCAGCUGGUCUGUGUGGAGGGCAUGAUCACGCGCGUGGGCGACCUGAUUCCCGACAUUCGCAUCGCCACGUUCGUCUGUUCCAACUGCAAACAUCGCGCCGAGGUGCACCGCAUCGGCAACCGCAUCGACUGCCCCGCGCGUUGCGAGCAAUGCCACAGCCCCAACACCCUGCGGAUCGACUCCACGGACUGCAUUUUCAACGACAAGCAAGUCGUCAAGAUGCAGGAAGUUCCCGACCAAGUCCCGCAGGGCGAGACGCCGCAGUCCGUCACGAUGUUCGCCUCGGAAGAGCUCUUCGACUGCGUGAAGCCGGGCGACAAAGUGGAGGUGACCGGGAUUUUCCGAGCGCUGCCCGUGCGGAUUUCGCCGAAUCGGACGACGGUGCGGGACGUGUUCAACACGUUUAUCGACGUGCUGCACUACCGCAAGAAGGUCGAUAAGCGCUUCGCCGUGGAGGGCGAGGAGCUGGACGACGUGCAGCAGGUGGAGGAGGAGCGGCGGCGCGAAGAAGCGCGGCUGGUGGAGCUGUCGCACGACGAAAACAUCUACGCGAAGCUGACCGCGUCCAUCGCCCCGUCGAUCUGGUCGAACUCGAAGCGUUCUGUGACUUGUAGGGGCAUGGACGACGUCAAGAAAGGCCUGCUCUGCAUGCUCUUCGGGGGCAAUCAGCCCGACGACGAGCGCGGCCCGCACUUCCGCGGGGACAUCAACAUCCUGCUCUGCGGCGACCCCGGAACCUCCAAGUCGCAGCUGCUCUCCUGCGUGCACCAGCUCGCGCCGCGCGGGAUUUACACGUCGGGGAAGGGCAGCUCGGCGGUGGGACUGACGGCGUACGUCACACGCGAUCCGGAAACGUACGAUUUGAUUCUGGAGAGCGGCGCGUUGGUGCUGAGCGACAAGGGAAUCUGCUGCAUCGACGAGUUCGAUAAGAUGGACGACACCACGCGGUCGGUUCUCCACGAAGCCAUGGAGCAGCAGACGAUUUCGGUGGCCAAGGCAGGGAUUAUCUGCACGCUCAACGCGCGCACGUCGAUCCUCGCCGCGGCCAACCCCGUCAAUUCGCGCUACGACCCCAAUCUCUCCGUCAUGCAGAACCUCCAGCUCCCGCCCACGCUGCUUUCGCGCUUCGAUCUGAUCUAUCUCAUCCUGGACAAGCCGGUGGAGGCGUUGGAUCGGCAGCUGGCCACGCAUCUGAUCUCGCUGUACACCGAGCACCCCGAGAAUCACGUCGAGGUCGCGCCCAUCGACAAGAAAACACUCACGGACUAUAUCAGCUACGCGCGCAGGAACGUGCACCCGGUGAUUCCAGACGCGGCGGCGGUGCAGUUGGAGGAGGAAUACAUCAAAAUGAGAUCGCUGGGAGCGCGGUCCACUGCGGGCAACGUCGUGACCGCCACGCCCAGACAGCUCGAGUCGUUGAUUCGGAUUAGCGAGGCCUUGGCCAAGAUGAAGCUGAAUAGCGAGGUGAGCGUGGAGGAUGUGAAGGAAGCCGCUCGGUUGAUCAAUGUAGCUACGCAGAGGGCAGCCACGGAUCCUCGCACGGGAGUCAUUAACAUGUCUAGCAUAUAUGCGGAAUAGAAGAAGAAGAAGAAAUGAUUCA